AAGUAAAUAAAUAGAUAUUGAGAGAGACAUAGAGACUGUUGUAACAAGAAAAAAAAAUGAGUAGCAAGAAUAACUCCGGAGCUGCUGCAGUUUCUGGAGUCAACACCAACGGUAAGCUACCAAUGGAGGACAAUGAAGAAGAAGAGAUAUGGAAAGUUGCAGUGACGAGGUUUCAAGCCCGAGAAGAAGAGAUCGAGAGGAAGAAGAUGACUGUUAAGGAAAAAGUUCAACAGCGGCUCGGUUUUGCAGAGGAAGCUACAAGAUGCUUAACUCAAACAUUGGAAGAGCUAGAGAUUAUGGGAGAUCCUAUGAGAAAAGAAGUUGGUAUGGUGAGGAAGAAAAUCGACAUGGCGAAUCGAGAUAUCAAAUCUUUGGCACAAAGCUGUCAGAAAAAGGAGAAGGAAUACAAAGACACAUUGGAAGCUUUCAAUGAAAAGAACAAAGAGAAAGCUCACCUUGUUUCCAUGUUAAUGGAGCUACUGGCUGAAAGUGAAAGAUUAAGGAUAAAGAAACUGGAGGAAAUCAACAAGACUGUUGGAACCUUGCAAUGAGGAGAAGCAAUCUACAUGGAUCUUACCUUAAAAGAGAGUGAAAAUUUGUUUAAGUUUUUGGUAUUACACUCUAUCCAGGUCCUCCUAUUAAAAGUGAGCUACGAUGUAACAGGAUGUACGAUAAAUGAAUGGUGCUAAGGUUUAAAGAUAUGAAUGCAGCGAAAAACGAAUUUCU